UUUAACAAAAAAAAAAAAAGUACCAAAAAUUUCAGAGGUUAAAGUUUUUAUAUUUUUUUAGGAAAUAAUCAUGGAUACCGAAUAUAAAUUAUCUCACAAAGCCAAAAAACGAAUUAAAGAAAUCAAACGAAAGGCUCGACCAGAGUUGGCUGAUAAACACCAAUGGACAGCUUUAAAGUAUGCAAGUAAUUUUGAAGAGUUUCUAAAAUGUAAGGACAAUGUGGAUAGAAUAAAUGUUAAUGAAUUCUCACCAGAAGAGUUUAUAGAGAAGUAUGAAAAAAUUUACAAACCAGUCGUGAUUACGCACGUCCAGACCAAUUGGCGAGCCAAUCACAAGUGGACGCAAGACCGCCUUGCCAAAAAGUAUCGCAACCAAAAAUUCAAGUGUGGGGAAGAUAAUGAGGGAUAUAGUGUGAAAAUGAAAAUGAAGUAUUACAUAGAGUAUAUGAGGACAACGACUGAUGAUAGUCCGCUUUAUAUUUUUGAUAGCAGUUUUGGGGAGCAUCUGAGAAGGAAAAAACUCUUGGAAGAUUAUGACGCACCGUUAUACUUUAGGGAUGAUUUAUUUAAGUACUGUGGGGAGGAGAGACGUCCACCUUACCGCUGGUUUGUCAUGGGACCGCAGAGGUCUGGAACUGGUAUACAUAUUGAUCCGUUGGGUACCAGUGCCUGGAAUGCCUUAGUCUUUGGGCACAAGAGAUGGUGCUUAUUUCCUACAGAGACUCCGCGAGAAAUGAUCAAAGUUACUGGAGCGAUGGGCGGAAAGCAGAGAGACGAAGCCAUUACUUGGUUUAAACUUAUUUACCCUAAGACACAGCUGGAUUCUUGGCCCGAAGAAUACAAACCAGUGGAAAUUCUUCAAAAGCCUGGUGAGACAGUGUUUGUCCCUGGAGGCUGGUGGCAUGUGGUUCUCAACCUUGAUGACACAGUGGCAGUCACACAGAACUUCUGCAGUCGCACCAACUUCCCAGUGGUGUGGCACAAGACAGUGAGAGGACGACCUAAGCUUUCAAAGAAGUGGGCUAAAGUUCUAGAAAUCAAAGAGCCUGAGCUUUACAAAAUUGCGAGUAGCAUGGAUUUGAGCCAAGGCACAGGAGUAGCCUCCGAUAGCUCAUCAAAUAGUAGUUCAUCCAGUAGCGACAGUGACAGUAGCUCAACAGCAAGCUCUAAUGAAGAGGACAGUGGCCAGGAAAGCAUUACGGCACAUAAGAAAAAGAGAAAACGAAAAGUUUGAAAAUAACUUCUAGUUUGUUUAUAAUAAGUUAUGUCUAGUUUGUUUAUAAUAAGUUAUGGUUUAUUUGUCUUGUAUAUUAAAAGCCAGCUUUCCGUAUUACUAGAUUAUAAUUAAACAUUUUAAACAAUUUAUUUAUUAGACAAUUUGUUGUUUGUCAAACAAUAUAAUUUUUUUUGUUAAAGGACCAACUUGAUUAAUA